UUUGACGGCGCUCGGAGGAGAACCCAGCCGGUGGUUGAGUGCAAUGACAUGAGGCGGCUCUGACAAGUGACUGACUCCAUGACUCUGACACACGGUUCAGACUCAGGUGGUAGUAUGGUGCCUUCCCGUCGAGUUUAACUGCAGCAGCGGGGUUUUUAUUCGGGGAGCUCGGCCCCGAGUCGAACCGCUCACAUCUGAAGAACCGUCAAAUCACUGCGACGAUGAGCAAGUCCUCCACAACCUCAGGGAGCAGAAUGAAGGCACGUGCCCCAAUUCCGCCGCAGGUCCCUCAGCCCGCCCCACGCCGUAUCUUCAGAAACGCUGAUGGAGGAGGAAUGGAGGCCAAUGAGAAUGUGCUAAUGCCCGAAGUGGAUUUCAAGCUAACUCUGCCACAUGGAUACCAGACUUCUGUAACAGAGGAUGGCAGUAAGGCGCUGAUGGACCUACUGGUCGAGCUCUGUAGCCGACACCACCUGAAUCCGGCACUGCACACCCUAGAGCUGCUUUCGCCCGAGGGUCACCCUCUGGGGUUCAAGCCCAACUCUUUGCUGGGUUCCCUCAACGUGGCCUCUGUCCUCAUCAAGGAAAAAGUCUUGGAGGAGAAAGUGGUGCGCAGACCAGCGCCUAAAGUGCCAGAGAAAACAGUGCGUUUGAUGGUGAACUACCACGGCAGCCAGAAGGCAGUGGUACGGGUCAACCCGUUGGUACCACUCCAGGCUCUGACACCAGUCAUCUGUGACAAGUGUGAGUUUGACCCUGCUCAUGUCCUGCUCCUGAGGGACGGCAUCAGUCGACGCGAGUUACCGCUGGAUAAAUCUCUGACAGAGCUGGGGAUAAAGGAGCUCUACGUACACGAUCAAACUCUUGUUCUCCUGCAUAAAAUGGCCUCUGCUCCUGUUCUAAACUACUCAGACUCCAUUCGCUCCAGUACCACAAGUCUGGGUAAAGCAGAGAAGAAAGGCCUCCUGGGUAUCUUCCAGUUCAGCAGGAGGAAAUCCAAGACGGGGGAUACAUCUGUGGACAUGGAUGACUGUGAUGAUAAAGUAAUUCAAAAUACUGACACACAACCCAAUCGUGUGUCCAGAGUAUCCAGUGUCGAAGAUCGUCCCAUCACCAUGGCCCAGUCUCAGUCGGUCACGAAUAUGUCAAGGAUGGCUGACAUCAAGAAGAGACGGGCCCCAGCACGACCAGAGGCCCCAACACCUAUCAUGGGACAUGCUGGCUUUGAGGGAUAUCAGAUGGGACUUGGCUCAGAAAGCCAGCAGAGGAAAAGAAAGGCUCCUGCCCCUCCUCCCACCCCAGCUUCGAUCACGCCUGGCUCUGAUGACAUUUACGCCACCAUAACACCUGCAGCUCUCCGCACCAAGGUGGCAGAGUCAGCUCCAGUCUCUUCUACCACUGUGAUAGUGCACACAAUAAAACCAGUCCCCUUGAAAAAUGUAGCACAACCGGUCAUCCCAACCGCCAGCUCCCCAACCCCAAGUAGCAGCACCACCGACAGCCUGGCCACCCAUGAUUCCAGCUCCGAAAUCAGCCACAGCCUUGAAGACUCAGAUGCUGACCUAGACCAGGCUGGUUCCUACUAUAGCACACUCACCAGCAGCACAGCGAGCGGGUCUGUGCGGAUGCAGCCCGCAAAGAAAAGCUCCAGCAGCAGGAUGGAGGAAUCAGAGAUGUCGAGCAGCAUGGCUGCCAAAUCCAAUCAAGAGGGGGCCUCAGCCAGCAGCUCCAGCUUGGAGACCGAGUCGGCUAUCAACCUGAAACUGGAUGAAGUCGAGAGCAACAGACACAGUGCAAUGGGAACAACCGAUCAAGCAGUGCCACCCAAACCCCGUCGUUCCCCAGCCCUGGAACCCGCGCAGGUUGCCCCCUCCACUCCUCCCCCGCUUUCCCCUCCCACUGAGCUCACAGAAAAUCUCUCCCCAGACAAUCCCAUGGAGGAGGAGGAAGCGGCUCCCCAGUCCUGGCUCCACUCCAUGGGACGCUCUGCAGCCAGUGGUCAGAGAGCAGAGACUGAAACGCCUGAGGAGGAAACCGUGUCGCUGGGCAGCAGCAGCGGUGGCAGCAGCCUGCCUGACCAGGGUUACGCCGCCUCAGAGGGCAUGGCAGAGGGCGAGGACUCGGGCCUGGUCAGCUCUCCGUCCGACACCCAACCCACAUCCCCAGAUGGCGGUUUGUCUCUGGGUGGAAGUAGCAGAGGAGGCGGAGGAGAGAGACUGCUGGGACCAGCACGGGACAACUCCAGUGACAGUGACGAGGGCUGUGCCACCUGGGGAUCAAGACACAGACACACCGACAUCAGCCGCCAGGCAAAGUCAAGCAAAUUAAAAGACGGCUAUGACAAGGACCCACAGCUCACAGCCCAGCUCCAUCGGACUUUGGCAGACUUUGAAGCAAACAUUGCCGAACACAUAGAUAUUGGAGUGAAGGACACUCCCUAUACCAUGUCUAUGAACAGUAAUGAUGUGCCAGUGUCUGUAGUGGACAUGGAUGUGCCAGUCACAGCCAUAGAUGAAGUCCUGGAGGAAUUUGAACGUGACGCUGCAAAAAAUGAGGCAAAGUCACUCACCAGGAGUGCGACAUCUAGCAGCAAAGGUCUAGGUUUUUGUCAACAAUCCAGUACAGAGCCACAGAACAAAAACAACAAUGCUUGUACAGCUGCUGAAAGUAAUAAAAGCAGCAGUGCAAGCACUAAGCAGACAUCGCAACCCAAGCAGCACAGGAAGGCAUCUGAGAGCAAGCCUGUAGGUGAUAAACACAACGAAAAGAUAAUAGAGACGAAAAUUAAAGACUCAAGGAUCGCCAAUGCCAACAGUGUGAAGGAGGAUAAACAAAGAACGACGUCAGCAGUCAAAUCUGAUGUCGACGUGCAGAAACACAGCAAGAGCACAGAGAUCAAACCUGAUCCUGUCAAAAGCAGCCCGGAGUCUUUUCAAGAGAAGAAACCUGUUCAACCACCACCCAUUCAGAGAUCAGUGUCGACAGAAAGAGUCGAACAGAUGCACAGAGUUUUUCCAAAUAACUCCAGCUCUGGCAAUGCACAGGGUAAAAUCACUCGCAACGUCACAUCACGCUUCGGCAUGAAAACGUUCACUGUGGUUCCUCCAAAACCUUCAGUCAUGCAUGCCGCUGCAGGAAGUUCAGCAGGCACAUCAAUCGCAGGCGCCAUUAAGAUUGACGAUCAAGGAAACAUGGUGAAAAUGGGUCAGAGCAAGGCUGGUGGUUCGUCUGAGUCGGGGAUCAAUUCCCCAAUUCCCGAGUCUCCUCUUCUUGGAAAAGCCAAAGCUUUUUGGAGCUCAAAUGAGAGACAAGAGAGUCCUGCGUCCCACAGCAAAGGUCAGAUUAAUAAAGCUAAGGAGAACACUCCCUUGUCGAUUCCAGACACCACGUGGAAGACCAGUAACACUGAGCAGCUGCAAAGAACAAAAAGUAUUCCAUAUAAACCUGCAGAGAAAGCCCAGCCUAAAGAGAUGGUCAAAGAAGAAGCUAAAGAACCAGUGAGAGACAUUCACGUUGCUAAGGAGGUAGAGAUGGAGCGCGGGAUUUCAGUGCCCAAAAACAUUCAGCAGCCAAGUAAUAAACAUGCCCUUCCUGCUCCACUCCUUCCAGACACGAGAAGAGACCUGUGCUUUCUCAAGCCAUCCAGGCGAACUUCAAGUCAUUAUGUGGCAUCUGCCAUCAAUAAAUACACCCCAAAGACCUCAGCUAAACCUAACUCCAUUCCUAUCAUCCCUGAAUCCUCUGUCUCUGUGAAAGCACAGGCAGACGGCUUCCAGAGGUUCGGUCGCUCCAUACAAGUGAAUCCACACCAGUCCUCCCAGUCUUCUUUGUCCGAGAAUAAGGAGAACGACUCUGCUUCUAAACCUAACCCGUCUGGUCCCAUGAGGUCUAUGAGCUUCCCCGAGUAUGUGUCAGGGAGCCAGAGAGAUUUUGAAGAAGUGAGGCCGGACAGGGGAGGGUUUGGAAGUUGCGUUGGAUCCACAAGAGGAAGCUCUAACACGCUGGAAAGAGAAACGGCCAAGAAUCAGCACAUUACGUCUAGUGGGCCCACCCAGAUAAAUGUGACCACCAACAAUGACAGAGACACUAUGAAACGCAUUCAGCCGAGAAGCCCGAACUUUGCAGAAAGCAAUCCUCCUCACUCAUCUGCCAAACCAGCCACAGCCUCCACGACCAGUAUCCCAAGUAGCACUGGGGACAUGACCAAGGCGCCCCCCCAUCCAACGCCUGAUGCAAGACCACAACCUUCAGUCACAGUGUCAGGCAGCGUCGACACAUCACAGCCGGUAACUCUGUUUGGACCAGUUAAAAAGUUCAGACCAGUGACCAGCAAAUCUCUGGAGAGGGAGACGUCUCUGCACGGCAGUCUAAUGGAGGCAAUCCAGACAGAGGGAGGCAGGGACCGGCUCAAGAAGUUAUCCAACCCUGCAUCCAGCAGCACGAAGAAGGGAUCCUAUGUUGAGGAGGAGAAUGAGAGGUCUGCUCUUCUGGCCGCCAUUAGAGCCAAAAGCCAUUCCGGCAGGCUGAGGAAGACAAAAUCUGAGGCUGCAGAUGAACUUGACAACGUCAGGAAGCUGGUCUCUGAGGAGGAGAGAAGAGCGGCCCCUCACUCCUCUCCCUCCUCUCCCUUUUUGACUCCCUCUUCACCUCCUGUCUUCUCCUUGACACCACCGCCACCUGCGCCUAUGUUUGCACCCCCACCUCCUCCACCUGUCUUGCCCCAGGGUAGGCUGAGCGCUGUGGCACAUCCAAGCGGUAACACCCCCAUGAACCCUGCCGUGACCAGGGAGGCAAUGCUGGAGGCCAUUCGCUCUGGAUCUGCUGUAGAGAGGCUAAAAAAGGUCGCUGUGCCCACAAAAACCAUCCAAGUGAAUGGGAGACUGGGAACCAUCCAAGCAACCUCCGCAGCCCUCCCUCAGCAAUGAGAGGGGAAAUCCACACCACCGCAACGAGGAAGCAUUUAUCAAAUUUCAUUUUGGGGUUUGCUUUUUUUCAGUUUGGCCUUUUCAACAGACAUUUGGAGACUGGAUUGAGUCAUAUUUUGAGUGAAUGUUAUUAUUAUUAUUUGAACCUUACAUCUCUGACCACCAGUCUUGGGCCGUAUGCCUUUUAAAGGAACUUUGAAGCAGGAAGAGUUAUUAUCACUUAUUUCAUCCACUUCCCAUUUUCUCCUGUAAGGGGAUUAUUACUCUGUUAGUCGCCAAACACCUGCAACAUCUGUCUGAUAAAGGUGUGGUAUAGGUGAGAGGUUUGCAGUCAAGUCCAUCCAUAAUGUUAGUUAUGCUGGAGGAUGUUUGUGUUCCUCCACAUAUCUCGCCAUCUGUACUUGAAUUCAGUAGUUUGAACUGGAACGUUGUACAAAACAUGUGCCAAUGAAAGCAAAUUUAAGUGGUUUAUACUAUUUUCAGAUAUUUUUAUUUUAUUUUAUUUGCUUUUACCACAGUAAGUUGUGGAUGCCUUAUUCUGUUGCUCAGUGUUAUGUAAAUUAUGUUUGCUGUAAAAAAAAUGAGAUCCUUGAAAGGGUGCAAUAAGUUGGAUCCGAUGAUGUCUCCACACUUGUACUACUUAAUAUUUGUUCAAACAAAUAAGACUAAUGAAAUCUUAAGGGCACUUGUGAAAAUAAUGGAUCGAUCCAUAUAUUAUAUGUUUAUUAUUUUACUCAGAUUUGGUCUCAGAUGCCAACUUUUACAGUUCUAGGCUCCGAGGAGUACGAUGAGGACGGACUUGUUUUCAUUAUGCUCCUGUUUCAGCUUCUAACUGUCACUUGCUGCUGUUUAUGAUCUAAAGACAUUGUGUAACAUGGUCUGUACCCUGCAGAAACAUAUAUUUGUAAAGGGUGCGAUAUGAUUGACCAUGCCUUAUUCAUUUUUGAUAUAUUACCUUCUAAGAUGAGGCUUUCAUUACUUUUGAAACACUGUUAUUGAGGUUUAUCAUUGGUGGAUGCCACAAUAAGCAAAGAGAUUCAUUAAUUAACAAGUCACCACUAAUGUGUAAUGGCAAUAUAAUGCAAAAAAAUUAUAUCUAUGGCCUUGCUUUAGGCAAAUUUAGCUGUUUCAUAGAGAGUGCAGGGUUACCAUUAAAUGGUAUAGCUGUGGAUAAAGUCGGAUUAACGUUAGACUGUAGAUUAACCUUGAGUGUCUGUGUUCAGGCAUAAACGCUUGUUGCUGCUCAGCAAAGUAAGCUGAUAUUAUAUGUAGAGAUUUAUUUUAAUUUAUGCUCAGUUUCCACUUUAAGAAAAAUAUUUCUUUACUGUUUCCUUUUUUAUUUGAGAGUGAAACCCACGAGAGCUUUUUGAUUAUUUUUUCUUUCUCUUAAUAGAAAGAGUUGUUUAAUUUCCGCUAGAUGGUUUCAUCUACACACAAUAGCCUACAGCAUGUUGUAGCAUUGUAUAUUUGUAAACUAUAGAUCCGGAUGAUCGUUGUGAUAGAUUUGAUUUAAAUCUUCGGUAGAGAGCCACGAUAGCACAAACAUUUUUAUAAGCUAUUGCUUUUGAGUUUUAAUUGCACAUUUGUUUAUUUGUUGUUGUUUAUUUUCAGAAGGCUGCACAGUUACUUUUGUCUACCCUAAUUUUUGAUUCAAUAAAUAAUUUUGUAAUCAAGACAA